UACGACGCGCAAUGAUCCAAGGACGGCCCAGGCCGACCGAGCAGUUGAGGGUCUGGAGCUAGAUGUGUGACACACAUACUUACGUUACAACUGACUAUCUGUCGCGUCUAAAGGCGAAAAUGCCAGCCUGUGACAAGAGAAGUCCUUGUUACUCUUUAUAUGCUCAACGGUUGUAACAGGAUGUCAAAAUCUGCUUUUGUUUACAGCGGGACUCCGCUGGCCCAUAGCAGCAAUUCAGCGACAGCUGCACCGAGAGCUCCCGUCAACUUUCCUGCCGCGUCGUCAACCUCGACUCCAUGGCAAAGUCAGUCAGCCAGCAGAACUGUUAGGUUUCCUUCCAGUCGCAGAUUCCUAUGGGACAGGACGGCGCAUGGUCGGGCGGAGGUCGUUGAGCUGAAGGACAAUCUGCCGGUCGUCAGCAUCCCUUGCGACUUCCACCGUCGUUUGGAGCAAGCUGAAUCGGCAGUCGCCAUCGUGUCCUGCCCCAAUGGCCGCAGACUACACGUUUCCUUGGUGCCCGAAGCACGCAACCCAGCCGGAGGGGAAGGCGCCCUGAUAGUGCCGGUGGCGCUAGCGGCUGGGGCGGGCUCGGAGCAACAGCAGGCGCAACUGCAAGAGCGACUGGCCUCGCUGAUGCAGACCCUGCAACACGGCUUGGAUCGCCGGGGACCCGCCUCCCUCGCAACUGGCUGGGCCCUGGGCGUCACCCUCAGCUCGCAAUCGCAACCGCCCACAACUGCUGCGGCCGCAGCAUCAGCAGCAGCGACCUUUGUGGCGUCAUUGCUGCUGCCGGCAGCGGCGCUGACGUUGACGCCGCUUUACGGCAAGCGGCUGUGCGAUGUGCCCUUCGCGCAGGCGCUGAUGAUAAGUCAGCAGCAGCAGGGGGCAGCCGCAGGAGACGUGGGAGCAGCAGGGACUGGCGCCGGAGAGCUGCAGACCGGCUAUCUGUCCAUGGACCAGGCCCGCAGCCUGCUGCCGCUGGCAGCCGACGACGUCAACGUGUACAGCAUGCCCCUGGUGGGCGUGUGGGUACGUGGAGCCCGCGGUCCCGAACACCCCCUGGUGUACUGCACCGCACUCAAGUUCGCGUACGGCACCGUACUGCCGGACCGCGUAACGCAGCCUGACGGGUCCUUUCUGGUGCUCCUGUUCACCGGAGAUAGCCCGAUGCCUCGCUGCUACGAGGCGCGCUUCUCCGACCCAACCGCACCCAACCAGCAGGACCUGCAGCAAACCCAAGCCAACACCGCCGCAGCAACCCCGGGCGGAGCCGGUAUCGGGGGUGGCAGUGGCGGUCUUCGGCUGCUGCCGUACGCGGUUUGUACUGAGCUGGCAGCCCCGCCGACCUCGGCCCCUGCUGCUGAAUCACAUGCCCUGCCUGGCAGCAGCAGAGGCAGCGGAAAACCUCCGCAGGAUCCUGCUUUCGUGGAACUGAGGCCGGUGCUCGACUCCUCUGCAGCAGCACUGGCGGCCUCAGGAGCGAGAGGAGGAGGAUGCCUGCUGAUGCUGCAGCCGCCGCAGGCAUCGCUGCCAGCAGUAGCACCCGCGCCCCCGGCGCACCUUCCUGCGGCGGCUACGUCGCUUCAAGGGGGCUAUUCCCAGGCCCAUGGCGGCGGACACACGCAAUCCUCCCGCAUUGGACACGGUUAUAGCCGCAGCUGGGCAGGUGGCCAGUUACCGUCCCGCUCGCACGUGCAGGAGCCGGCGCAACAACACGACCACCCGCUAAUGCGUCAGACCUACGCAGGAGGAGCUUCCUGGUCCGCUGCUUUUACGGAUACCGCGGAGGCGAAUUUGGGGGCCAGCGUAAGGGGCAUGGAUUUCGGCUUAGGUCUGGGCGGGCGCCCUGAUCCUCACAGUGCUGUACGACAGGGGACGCUGACGGCGGCCAAUACCCCUGGUGUUGCCGCCGUAGAUGCUAGUGUACAAAGGGGUUCCUCCUUCUACGGCGAGUACGGUCUGUAUAGCGAGUGCGGAAACGUGUACGACUUGCGCGGCAGCGGCAGCAAGCUGAUGACCAGCCCCAGCAAGGCUAUGAAGGUUCUCAAGGCGGGCGGAGGAGGGGCAGCAGCAGCAGGAGGAGACGCAGCGGCUAGCGGACAACUUGGAGGAGCAACAGCGACAGCGUUAGGAGCAAGAGGGGCCGGCAGUUACCCCAGCGUGUCCGUUGGUCACGAGUACGCAGCAGGAGCAAACCCAGACGGAGGAGGAGGACCCACGGUGCCCCCGGGGCCCAUGUACGGCAGCGCGACAGUAGCAUCGGCAGCUGGAGCUGGAGGGAGGAGGACGAUGACGUACGAUGAUGGAGGAAGCGGAAGGGGAUGCGGACCUGCUGGCUUUCCUCCGGUUCGCGACUCUCCUCCGGUGCCUCGAACAAUGGUUGUGCCCACGCCCUUCAGGCCGGUACCUGCUGCCGCUGCUGAUCCAGCCCGAGGCGAAGCGGGUGGUAGCGGAUGCGGGGGCAACGACGAAGGCACUGUCGGUGCGCCCAUAAUGCCGCGUGACCCCAGGCUGCAGCACAGGGUUUUCACUGCCCCAUCCGCAGCGCCCCUAACCGCCACACAGCUUCCGCCGCCCUCCUCUGCCACCGCAGCCUCUGCGGCGGAUGCCACAGAACGGAACCCCUUCUCCUCCACUUCGGCGCCUGCCUCCGGCUCCACGGCUCCCGGGUCCUCCACCUCCGCCGACUGGGCUGAGGCGGUGGGCGGAGUCAUGCACACGCCGGCAGUGGGGCUGAGACCGGCACACGCCUCGCGGACAGCUGCGACAGUAACACCAGGGCCGCAUGCAGCCUACGACAGCUACCAAGCCCAGCAGCAGCAACAACAGCCAUACUCCUUUUACCAUCACAUGCAAGAGGAACAACAGCAGCAGCAUUCCCAACAUCAGUGGCACUCAGGUUCUGGACUUACCGGCGCCGAUGAUGUCAACGGCGGCGGUAGCGUCAGAGGAACCGGGGCUGCAGUAUCAAUGCAGGCACCGGCCCCGCCACCAGCGGGACCCGCGGCAGCAGCAGUAGACCCUUUGGUGCAACCGGGGAAUAGUGCCGCGACGGAUAGUGCUCCGGUGGGUAGGCCCCCUGUGGCCUCAUCAAGGGUGCGGCAGUUCCCGUACGGCAUUGAUCUCUCUCGCUACGGUAUUACAUCUCGAGCGGCCAUCGGCUCUAUACGGCAGCAGCAGGGGUUGCAUGUCUCCGACGGGGCUGUCGGCACAGACGAAGGGAGAGGCCCCCACGACCUGUAUGGAGUCGCCCCAGCCUCGGUAUCGUCGGCGCCAUCAGCAACCCACACACCAGCAGCAGCUGCAUCCGCGCCCGUAGCCAUCAACCAGAGCCUGGACGCAUGGCUGAGGGACAGCGCCUCUGCUGCUGCAGCAGCAGCAGAGGACACUGCAGCCACCACUGCUGCUAAGAGCAAUGUGGGCAGUUCCGGUGGUGGUGGUGGAGAUAAUGGGCGGGCUGGGGCAGAACCGGCAGGACUGCAGCCGUGUUCGCUGGAUGCCAAUCGACUACACCCAGACCAGCAACGGCAGCCAUGCGAGGGAGUUUGUGUCGAGGAGUCGUCAGCCUGUGUCAUGGGGUCUGUUGGAGGAGCUGCCACUGCUGCAGCUGCUAUGAGUGGGAGUAUCGGCGCGGAUGCAAUUGCUGCUUCCUUCGCUGCCGGUGGCGACGAAGGCUCCGGCCUCUCCUGGGACCCCGCGGAGCUGCGGCGGGAGGUGGUUCGGCUCCGAAAACAGGUCGCCUGCCUCCAGCAGCAAAUCGCCAGCUUGACGGCUUCCUCCGCCCCCUCUUCUGCCUCCGCUGUCAUACCGCAGCCAGCACCCCAGCCAUCUGACCUUAGCCCCUCCUGUUGGGCUUCCCAGCAUCAACAGCACCAGCAGCGACUGCAGCCACCUCCCCUCGAGGUUUCCGCCCAGCAUGCUGCACCCGCCCAAUACCAGCAGUCACACCAGCCCCAGCAGGCUAGGAUGUUGCCGCCACCCCAUCACCCACAACCCCCCAUUCGUCACCACCAGCCCAUGUCCGACGUGCCACCGUGCAGCAGCCGCGCUGCCAGCAUUCUGCCCUCCGCUCCAGAGCAUCCGCCGCUGGGACCCGCUAGGGACACAGCAUCCUGGAGCAACCUGGCAGCGGGGCCCGGGGCAGCGUGUGCGGAUGGGAGCGCGCCGGCAAGCGGCUGGCAGCAAGAGCAUGCAGGUCUCGUAAGCUCGGCACAUGCUGCAGAUACCUGUUCCUCGCCGCCUCAAGAGCAGCACCAGCAGCCGCAGCCGCUUUCGCAGGUAAACCACUGGCAGCAGCGGCAGACGGGAGAUGCAGCUGCAGCGGCUAGUGCACUGCAACACAACGAUUCCAGACCUGCACCUGCGGGGCAAGCGCUAAGUACUGGUGAACUGCGGACAGCAUCAGCCGCGGUGGCGGUGGACGAAAGAGCAGAGAGGAUGUCGGUCUCGGGUGCGUCAGAAGACCGGGGGAGCGUCUGGAGCAUGGGGUCCAUUCGAAGUUCCCUUAUGUCGUACCAGUCGUACAAGACGCAUGGCAAUAUGGCAGCCGUCACCGUCACUGGCGCAUCCUCAGCUGCCAGUGCCUUUGCUGCUGGUACGGCCGGGCAUGAGAGUACUGUCGACCACACGGCGAAGAUGCACGCUGCUCCUCCUGCUGCCUCAGCUGGAGCGGGAGUAGCGACGAUGGCGGUGGCGAUGGAGCCGCACCGGACCAUCGUGCAUAGCGGAUCGGCUGGGGUCGAGGCGAUGAUCCGUGUUCAGGGUCCUGACGCGGAGUCCUCCUACGGCCAGCACACUGGCCAGCAGUGCCGCAACGAACCACAGCCAGAAGAGCCCUUGCAGCGGGAGCCUACGCUCGGGGGCCUGGCCACAGCGCCGUCCCGACCGGUGCAUUCGUUGCGUACAACUGCGGGCAUGGUGUCACCGGCGAUGCCGACUGGGUUAACGGCAAGGCCUGACCUCUUGCGACAUACAAUAGGAAGAAGCGCUGUCAGCAUCGGUCGGGGGCGGCGGCGUGCACGGCGUACCAGCAGCAGCAGCAGCAGCGACACUGAGAGCAAGGGUUUGCGCUCUAUGGACUCGGAUGAGGACACGAGGACGUCAAGAUCUACAAUUUCAUGCGCCGCUUCAUCUGUACGGCUUGCAGCUGCUGCGACUUCUGCUGGGGCCCCCAAGGAUGCCUGGUCUGCAAAGCACGGCACGGCUUAUGGGGACAGCGCCGCAGCCAGCCUCGCAGGCCUCCCAUCGGUUUCAGAGGUAGGUUCUAGAGCCUGGCGCACGGCUUCAUCACCUCCAUCACCAUCGGUUUUGAUACAGCAGUCGACCGUACGGUCUGCAGCGCCGCUGGCAAGCGGCACGCUGACGGCGAUGACAGCAUCCGUGUCGACUGGCGGACUGGGCAUUGUUCGUACCAAGUAUGUGCCUCUAGAAGAUGACAGUGACAGCAGUGACUCUGAAUCGGAGAUGAGGUUGAUGCAGAAGUACGGUAUUCGUGAUAUCUAGGCGGGGUAGGUACCAUCGCGAUCAGGUGACAAAUCCAGGCCGGGAAGGGAUUGACGGAUAUUGGUGGGUAAUAUGUACGCGGAGCAUGGUACCACGCGUCUCAGAUGUAUGGGUUGAUGGUGUCUGGGGUAGUGCUGAUUGGGGGUGCAUACACCUGAUCAACCCAAUACCGCAUAAUGCGCACCGGUAGAUGC